UAAAUUGUUCAAUAACAUUUGAUCAUAAAUCUUUUGUUAUACAGGAGUGUGGUUCGGGGAGACGGAUUGGAGAAGGAUAUAAAGCUGGCGGAUUAUACCAUUAUGGAUCUCGUCCAAGGGUGUCCUGUGUUGCUGCUCCUAAUCCUAAAGUGCUACAUGAUCGACUUGGCCAUCCUCAUUUGUCCAAAUUAAAAAAGAUGUGUCCUUAACUUAGUGGUCUCCAAACCUUAGAAUGUGAAUCAUGUCAAUUAGGAAAACAUGUUAGAUCUUCCUUUCUAAAAGGUCUCAAUCAAUAUGUAAUUCUAGUUUUUCCAUUAUCCAUUCUGAUAUAUGGGGACCUAGUCGUAUCUCCUCCUUUGGUUUUAAUAUUUUGUUACCUUUAUUGAUGAAUAUUCAAGAUGUACUUGGGUUUAUCUUAUGAAAAAUCGUUCUGAAUUGUUAGCUAUCUUUACAUCUUUUUUGAAUGAAAUCAAGAAUCAAUUUGGUCAAGUAAUCAAAAUAUUAAGAAGUGAUAAUGCAAAAGAGUAUUUCUCAUCCCCCUUUUCUGCUAUCUUGAGUUCCCAUGGUAUCUUACAUCAGUCUACUUGUCCUCAUACACCACAGCAAAAUGGUAUAGCAGAACGAAAAAAUAGACACUUGGUUGAAACUGCUCGUACCCUUUUGCUCGGUGCCCAUAUUCCUAUCUAUCACUGGGGAGAUGUCAUCUUAACUGCAUGUUAUCUUAUUAAUAGGAUGCCCUCCUCCUCUCUUGAUAAUAAAGUCCAUUUCUCCAUUUUGUUUUAUAUUGAUCCUCUUUUUCAUACAUCUCCCUAAGUGUUUAGUUGUGUAUGUUUUGUUCUUGACAUGUCUCCAAGUCUAGACAAACUCUCCACUCACGCUCUUAAAUGUGUCUUCUUAGGUUAUUCCCGACUUCGAAAAGGAUAGCGGUGUUACUCUCCUGAAACUAAGAAGUAUUACAUGUCUGCUAAUGUCACUUUCUUUUAACAGACUCCUUACUUCUCUCCAUCUGUUCAAGAUGUUUCUAUCCUCCAACANGUCCUUCCUAUUCCGAUGGCUGAGUCAAAUAGCUNCACUGUCUCUGUCAUUCCAAGUGUUGAUCACCAUCCUCCUGCACUCGAUUCUCCACAUACUGAGAUCAUCCCACACAGGGCCCCAAUGGAUAGUCCACCUCCCCAAGACAAUGGUGAAUCUCCUGCUUCAGAUUCUUCUCCCUCGUCACCUCCUCCCACGCCUCCUGGUGCAAAUGAUUCAGCAUGGCCAAUUGCCCUCAGAAUAGGUACUCGUUCCACUCGAAACCCCCAUCCCAUUUAUAACUUUCUUAGCUAUCAUCGAUUGUCGUCCUCCUAUUUUUCUCUUUUAUCCUCAGUGUCCUCUGUUGUUAUACCCAAGAAUGUCAAAGAAGCACUUGAUCAUCCUGGAUGGCGACAAGCUAUGAUUGUGGAAAUGCAAGCUCUUGACCACAGUAAUACUUGGGAGUUGGUUGUCGAUGGGUGUAUGCAGUUAAAGUCGGCCAUGAUGGUGAAAUUGAUCGGCUCAAAGCUCGGCUUGUUGCAAAAGGUUACACUCAGGUUUAUGGUCUUGAUUAUUGUGACACACUUUCUCUCCUGUCGCCAAAAUGACUACUAUUCGCCUCUUCUUUGCCAUGGCAGCCAUUCGUCAUUGGCCACUUCAUCAAUUGGAUAUCAAGAAUGCCUUUCUACAUGGUGAUCUUGAGGAAGAAGUUUAUAUGGAGCAACCUCUUGGGUUUGUUGCUCAGGGGGAGUCUGGUAUGGUAUGCAAACUGCAUCGAUUUCUAUAUGGCCUCAAGCAAUCACCACGUGCUUGGUUUGGAAAGUUUAGCUCCAUUGUUCAAAAAUUUGGGCUAAAACGUAGUGAAACAGAC